AUGUCUAUCGGCUCCUAUGAUGCGUUCCACAGAGCGGCUUUGAUUUCGAUAUCUGUCUCAACAAUUACAAUCUGUGUGCUAGCAAUAGCAAUUCCAAUACUCUACGUGAAGACAGGGUCCCAGCACGCAGAGCUCACACAAUAUGCGAAGAAGUUUAGAGAAUCAUCUGACAUGAUGUGGAAUGAGAUGUUUGAGCUACGCGAACAAGGGUUUGGAAAAGUGCGGUUCUUUAGCAGAAAACCUAGAAAAGCAUGGCUCGAUAGUGGACUUUGCAAAGGAUGCUUCACCCUGGCGUGCGCUGCGGGACCGCCUGGACCACCAGGACCACCCGGUCCAGAUGGUAAUCCGGGUGAGCCGGGAUCUCAAGGUGUUGCUGGAGCAGAUGGUUUUGACGUGCAGCUAGAAUCCGAACCAGAUCUACCUUGCGUUGUUUGCCCUGCAGGACCUCCUGGAGUGAGAGGGCCACAAGGAGAGCGAGGAAUGACUGGACAUCCAGGGCAACCAGGAGAAGGAGGACCGGAUGGCACUAGUGGAGUGGAUGGUCCUCCUGGAAAUCCAGGUUUCGCUGGACCGGAGGGACUCAAGGGACCACUAGGACCAAAAGGUCCAGAAGGAGACCAAGCUAUUGCUGGUGUAGGAAUCAAGGGACCUGUGGGACCACCUGGACCACAAGGAAUGAAAGGAAGGCCAGGACCACACGGCAAAAGUUCGAACAACCCGGGUAAUCCUGGAAGUCCCGGACCAGCCGGACCAGCAGGACCAAUGGGUGGAGAAGGACCAAUGGGUCUGGAAGGUCCUUAUGGCCCUCCCGGUGAUCCAGGAAUGCCUGCGUCAUACUGCCCAUCGGACUGCGGGGUACAAAAUAUUCUGGCUGACGUCGUGACCCGUACUAAUGGUCCCAAAUUCAACGAGUAUGCCCCGCCACCAGGUGAACCUGUCGACGAAGAAGUAGCUACGUCUCCACCAAAAGCCAAAUACCCUCCCAUGAAAGACGAUGGUUAUGGCAGCCGCAGAUUCCAUGAUUUUACAGCGUACGAACGUCGAAUGAGGAAAAAGAUGAUCAAGAAAUUGAUGAAUAUGAAAAAUAAUCGCCAGUAA